AUGCGGACCGGGAAUAACAGGCCGGUCACCCAAAUCCUAGUGGAUGAUGUUCCUUUUCCCAACCACCCUCCUAAUGAUACUCAAGACGCCGUGCCAUUACCACCUGCGCUCAAACCCAAGAGCAAGGGGACCCCACCGUCCAGCGCGCGCCUGGCCAAAAGGCCCGCAGCUCCCUCUCCCGCAGAGCCCAGUCGUAAGAUCAUCCGUGGCCAACCACGAGCCUUGGCUCUGCCAGAGAUCAGUGAGUCGGGAAACAGUGUCGCUUCAGACCUAGUUAUACGAGACGAGCCUCCUUGGGAUACUUUUGACAAAUCCUACGACUGCGAUUUGGCCGGCAAUGUUGCUGUCUGCGUCCGGCGCUCCGGUCGCCGUACUGCCUGUGCGAUUCGCCAGUAUCCCAGGGAGGAUGCGGAUAGAAUUCUGGGAAUUCUCCGUUCCAUCCGCCAUAAUAAUAUAGUCUCAGUUUGGCAGUGUUUCCGCACCGCUGAUGCGCUGUAUACGCUCGGCAAGUUCCAUCCGCUUACUCUAGGCCAUAUCGUCGCAUGCAAAGCCUUUCCAAACCUGCGUCAGCUGGCUGCCAUUAUGUCCCAGUUUCUUGAUGGAUUAUCAUAUCUCACCACCCAAAAUCUCCAUCACACCUCCCUGGAUUGCUCCAGCGUCCUAAUGAGUCUUGACGGGGAGGUCCAAAUCGCACGGAUUGAUCGCUGUACCGUCCGGCCGCAGGGUAGGAUUCAACCGAGCGACUUGGCUCCCGUUGGGCGGGUGAUGAUGGAACUGAUGCAAAAAUACGUUAAGGACGAUGGGGCGAUCGGGCUUGACAAUCUUGAUCGCUGGCGGACCCGCCCAGCUGCUAUUGAAUUUCUCUCCGCGACAACGUCGGCCAGUUCUUUUGAGGAAUUAAAAAGACAGCAUCUCCUGACAGAUAUCCGUUGGUCUACUGGUGAUCUGAUUGGUCUUGCGUGGCUUUCCUUGAUUUCCGCACGCACCUUCUACUCAUACACACCCCCGUCUACAGAAGAAAAAUAG